GUACAUCGCUAAGUCGGUAUGGUGAAGAACGCUGAGUCGCGCUCGGAUUUUUUUUGACGAAAUAAUAUUGUGAAAUUGUGUUAAAAUAUAAAUUAAACAAUUUAAAAGUGUUUCACUUACUAUUAACAACAUGGACUUUGACGGCACACAGUCAUUGAGCAGCAUAUUACAACCGGAGGAGCUGCAACUAGUGCCAGACAACAUACAGGGAAAAUUGUCGGCAUACAUUGAGAAAUUUUCAGACGAAUACUGCAAAGAACGUGCUGCUGCAAAUCGACUGAGUGAAACAGAACAGAAGAAUGAAGAGCUGCAAAGCCAACUACUCGACAACCAGGUAAAGUUCACCAACUUUGAGCAAAAUGUAGCCGAAUUGCGCGCCCAGCUGGAUCAAGUGUCUGCCGAACGUGACCAGCUGCAGGAAUCAGUAAAAAGCUACGAUCAAAAUUUGUCCACAUUGCGCAAAGAGAAGGUGUCCUUUGUCGAUGAGCGCGACUCGCUGCUCAAAGUGAUCGAGCGGCAGAAUGGCGAGCUUGAGCGGCUCAAGCAGGAUCUGCAAACCUAUCAGCAGCAGCUGCGAGCUGCCAUCACCGCCAAGUGUGAGGCCAUAGCGCGUCUCGAUGAGGUGCAGAGCAAAGAGGUGUCCCUAGACAUCAAGGAACGCCGUCUGGAGAGCGAGCGUGCAAUGUUGCAAAAUGAGAUUCAAUUGCUCAGCAGCGAUCUAAAUCGCAACAAUGCCGAGCUACAGAAUUUGCGCCGCGACCAUGCCAUGAACAUCAUGCAUCUGGAGGUGCGGCUCAAGGAAAAGUGUGACGAGCUGCAAAUACUCCAAGGCCAGAACUCACAGUAUUCGAAGACCAUUGAGGAUCUGAACAAGAAAAUCGAGUCUCUCAAUGAGACAAUGUUCCAGCACAAUAUGGCAACCGAAAAGUUUGUGGACACGCUCAAAAAGGAACUCGACACGAAAGAGAAGCUGGUCGAGAUCUAUAAGAAUACCGAAUGCGAGAAUAUCACAGAGCGCAACGAGCUGCUCAAGGGCAUCUCGGAUCUGAAGCGUAUGCUGACUGAAACCACCGAUCAGUACGGUGAGCUAGAGACUGAGUUCCAGUUGGCGAAGCAGAAUCAUGCCGAGGAGCUGAAUUCCAUGAAUAAGACAAUUGACGCACUGAAAACAGAAAUUGCACACGCCAACGAUCUGCUGAAGGAGGCCAAGGAGCAGAGCCUGGAGAGCGCCAUUUGCAAGCUGGCGCCGACGGCUGCUGUUGCCAGUCGCCUGAUGCGCUCCGACAUGUCGCUCACCGAGUUGUAUUCGCUGUAUGCCAAGAAUUCAGAGGAGCUGGAAGCCAAGAAUCGCGAGAACGCACAGCUCAAGCUACAGAUCAAAUCGAUUGUCGAGGAGAUCAAUGAGCGUGCGCCAGUCUUCAAGAAACAGGAUGACGACUACAGCAAACUCACCGAGGCGCACCAGCUGCUGCUGCAGCAGCGCGACGAGCUGGUGGACAAGAAGCUGAGUCUCGAGCAGGAGCUGGAGCAAACGCACUUCGAUGUCACGCGCCAUGUCAAGGAGAACAAGAAACUGAAGCAGUCCCAGGUCGAUUUGAGUCGCCAGGUUUGCCUGCUGCUCGAUGAGCUCAAUUGCCUGCGUGCUGGCGUCAAUCGGCCGCGCAACCAAACGCAGCCCGGUCUCAUACACAACUCCAGCGAUGCCAUCAGCCGAGAUCUGGUCACCUUCGAGUCCAUUGUCGAAUUGCAGGAGCAAAAUGUUAAGUUGUUGUCGCUAAUCCGCGAACUGACCACCGAGCUGGAGGCCAACGAGCUGAAGAAUGAUGAGCUGCAGCUGAAGGCGUACGAGGAGAAGUUCGAGAAGGCUACAAAGCGUCUGGUCGAAAUGGAGGAGGCUCUCAACCAGAAGAACAACACAAUAUCCACCUUGAUGGCCAAGUGCGAGCGCUACAAGAAGUUCUACUUCGACGCCCAAAAGAAGCUGGGCAGUCAGAUUAUAGAUCUGGACGACUCGACCGUACUUAUAGAUGAGUCGAAAGCGGAGCAAGCGAAGGCAGUGGAGAACACGCAAAAGCUGGAGGCAGAGGCUAAGCUGGAGCGACGCAUACGCAGCCUGGAGCAGCAACUGGAGGAUGAGUCGAAGAAAUAUGCCGCGCUCAAGGAGAACUAUGACUACUACACCAGCGAGAAGCGCAAGAAUGAUGCACUCGUCCAGGAUCAGUUCGACUCGAUGCGCAAGGAGGUGCGUGAGCUGACCUCCGUCAAUUGCAAGCUGAUGAACGCCUCCGAGUUCCAGAAGGAGCAGAUGGAACUGCUGCAAAAGGGCAUCGCCACAUACAAACAGCAAAUAGCUGCGCUGGAGGAUCGCACCAAGAACUACGAGAAGACGAUUAUCAAGCACGAGCAGACCGUGCACAUGCUCAAGGACGAGGUGAUGACGGCACAUCGCAAACAGGCGGCAUCCGAAACGGAGACUCACAGCCUGCAGCACGAGAAUCGCGUGCUCAAGGAGACAACUGCCCGUCUGCAGGCCGAAAAGGACGGCUACAAUCGUGAACAUCAGAGCCAGUCGCUGUUGCUGAACAAUCUGGAGUUCAUUAAAGCCAAUCUGGAGCGCUCCGAGACAGAGGGACGCCUGCGCCUAGAGCAGCGCCUCGAUGACACGGUACGCGAGUUGUCCGCUCAGCGUCGUCACUUCCAGGAGGAGGAGGAGAAGUUCCGCGAAACGGUCAACGAAUUCAAGCGCCAAACGGAGACGGCCAUCAAGCUGAAGGAGGAGGAGCGUCUGCAGGCCGAAAAGUGGCACCAGGAGCUAAUAGACGUGCGCGAGGAGCUCGCCGUGAAGGUCAACCAGGUGAACGAUCUCAGCAAGAAGCUGCAGGAGAGCCUUACCCCAUCCAAGGACGAGAAUCCCAUCACAGCUGCCAACAAAAAGGCGCGUGAGUUCGAGCUGCGUUACGAUCAGGCCAGAAUCGAAAUCGAUUCGCUCACCAAGGAGCUGGCCAAGGCACGCGAGCACGGCGAUCAGUUCUACAAGAUGUCCCAAUCCGCGGAAAGCGAAAUCAAGCGCUUGCACGACAUGCACGCCGAAAUCGUGGCCAAAUCCGAGGCCGAGAUCAAGAAACUCAAGAACUCCGAGGCUGAGCUUCAGACGCGCGUCACCGAUCUGGAGGCCGAGGUGCUGCUCUCCAAUGUCACCGAACAGAGCAAGACCACAAAUCAAUCGGAUCAGCUCAAGGUUGCCCAGGAGGAGCUUAAGAAUGUGCUUGAGAAAUUAACCGAAUCGGGUCGCACCAUUCGCAAGCUGCGUGCCGAGAACUCCACGCUGGCCGAAUCCCUAAAUGCCGUCGAGGUGAAGUAUGCCAAUGAAAUGGUAUUGCAUUCGGCUGACAUUCAGGAAUUGUCCAAGUUCAAGGCGGACUUCUUGAAGGUGCAAGACGAACUGAAUCAACUGAAAUGUGGACGCGAAUCUCUGCAAGCUGCCCACGAUGAACUCCAGAAGGCAAACGCCGAGGCGCAGGGUCUGCUGCAAAAGGAGAAGGACGAGUCGGAGAAACGUGUCGCUGACCUGAACGCACUCAACUCCAGUCUGCACGAUCAGAUCGAGGCGCUGACCACAAAGCUGGCCGCUCUCGCCCAAUCUGCGUCCAACCAAAACUCAUCCCUGAUGCUGAACGACUCGCUACUUGACGGCUCCUCGACGUUCGAUAUCAAUAGCUCGACGUCUGUGGAUGACGUCAAGAACAGUGAGCAGCUCCUGAAGAUUAUCAAGUUCCUGCGCAAGGAGAAGGAUCUGUAUGCGGCCAAGCUGGACAUUCUGAAGGCCGAGAACGCACGCCUCGUCUCCGAGCACACAAUUCUGCAGAAGAAGGUGGACGAGCUGAACGGUUACCUUAAGCAGGAGCGCUCCAAGAGCGAAACCGACGUGGUCUCCGCGUCUAAGCACGAGGCGGUGCUGCGUAAGAUAGAAACCCUCAACGCCAUCACCGACAGCAAUCGCAUUCUGCGCGAGGAACGCAACACGCUGACCAAACGCGUGGCCGAGCUGACGGAGCGCAUCAGCAGCGUGGAGAAGGAGCUGUUCCCGCUGCAGUGCAGCAACAAGGAGCUGACAUCCAAGAUCGAGGAGCUGAAUGUGGAGAACACAUCGCUGCGCACAGAGGCCAUCAAGUGGCGUCAGCGUGCCAAUGCUCUGGUCGAAAAGAGCAACAGGAAUCCCGAGGAAUUCAAGCGCCUGCAGGCGGAACGCGAGCAUCUGGCCAAGAUGCUGACAGCCGAAAAGGACGCAAGCAAGAAGCAGAUCGACGAGCUGGCCGUAUUCAAGGCGCGUGUGGAAAACGAGCUGCCAGCACUGAGCAAACAGCUGCAGCUGCAGGAUGAGGCGCGCAAGAAGCAGCUGGAGGAGUCCACGGCUCUGAAGCAGACGAGCACGCGCCAGGCGCAGGACAUUAUGGAACUAAAGAACCGCCUGCUGCAGAAGGAGGAGGAGCUGAUGAAGGCGCAGGAGGAGCUCGAGUCCAAGGAUAAGGUCAUACAGGACAAGGACAGCAAGGAGCUGAUGCUGCGCAAGUUGGCCAAGCGCUACAAGGACUACUACACGGGCCUCCAGGCGCAGACCGGCGGCAACGAUACCGUCGCCGAGCUGGAGAAGGUGCGCUCCGAGCUGGACGAGCUGAACAACCUGCUGCGCAACACUAAGGAGCAGCACGAGCAGCUGCAGAAGGAGCACGAUGAGCUCAAGUCCCGUUCCAGCGUAGAGCAGGAGAGCGGCGAGUCCAAGCAGAAGAUCGAGAAGCUGCUGCAGGAGCUGACCGUGACCAAGACCGAGCUGGCCAACCAGGAGACAACGCUCGCCGGCACCAAGACCAGCUACGACGAAACUGUGCUGCGUCUCGAGAAGGAGCUGCAGGAGCACAUCACCAGCAACAAGGACGUUAAUGCGCGUCUCAUGCGCGAAAACGAAUCGCUGCACAUGAGAAUCAAUCAGCUGCAGCGCCAACUGGGCAACCAGCAGUCCACCAAGCCCUCAACAAGCUCGGUGGGCAUGGCCGAGAAGGGCAACAUAUCCGAGUCGUCGCCGCGCACAGCCAAUGUGAAGCCCAUGUCCGGCUCGGCCACAGUGCAGCAAUCGGCAACGGUGACGCCCUGGCGUGGCGGCGAGACGCCUCUGGCCAGCAUCCGGCCCAUUUCCGUGCAGAACAGUCGCACAGCCGCCAUACUGCCCACCAGCCAGCAGCCAGGCGCCUCCACUUCAACCUCUACAUCGACGUCCACUUCAUCGGCAGCCGCUGCAUCGGGUAGCAGCAGCAGCAGCAGCAGCUCCUCCUCUGCUGUGGGCAACACGGCCCUGGUGCCGCCACAGCAGCAGGUGCAUACCACGGGCAGUGCCACGCUGGAGUCCAUGGCCUCCUCGUCACCCACAUCUUCGCAUACAGACUAUAUGCCCUCGACCAGUUCGGCGGCUGUGGCCGUUGCUGCUAUUCCGCCCAUGGGCGCCACUGCAGCGGCUGAGAGCUCCCAGGAGGCGGAAAGUGUGCAGCAUCCGCAGCAGAAUGAUGCACAGGUCUUUGUCGGCGGUGCACAGCAGCAGGUGGUGGCGCUCGUGUCGCCGCGUGUUGAGGGCUCAUCGUCGUCCUCUUCGACCAGCACAACCACAUCGACAUCCACACAGAAUCCAACUGUUCCUAGCGUCCAGGAUGCCAGCAAUCAACAGCAGCCCAGCACAUCGGGCAGCAGCAGCAGCUCCUCGACUGUGGUCAGCAGUCACAGUCGCCACACGCCGUCUAGCAGCAAUGUGACCACCACCCAGGCCGGCUGCUCCAAGCGACCACGCGAUGUAGAGGGCGAUUCGUCUACCAAUGCGGAAGAGGGCGUGCCCGAGAAGAUUGUCAAGCUGGCGAAACGGUUGCGUACGCCAAUGCACGGCGGCGAAUUGUCCGCCGGACACAUUGGCGAUUCCGGCAUGGAUGUGGACCAGAUGCCCACGUCUUCGCAGCGUGACCAGGAGGAUGAUAUUCAGGUCGUGGACUCUGAUGAUGAGGAGGAAGAUGUCCUGGGGCCCAUCGAUGGCGGCGAUGCCGAGCAGGAGGAGGGCUACGAGGACUCCUACGAGCAGGACAACGAAAUGGAGGACAAUGAAGGCGCCGAUGCACCCGAUCAACACAACGAAGUCGAUAUCGAACAGGUGCAGAUCCAGGCCCAGGCCGAGAGCCAACUGCUCGAAGAUUCGCCAGCCACUGUCUCGACCCAGGAGAAUAAUCAAAGCCAGGCCAUAACCAGUGGCAGCGGCGAAUCGAAUGGACUCCCAUUACCACAGGCCGAGGCCAACUGGAAGCAGCAGGCGCCAUCCACAUCAACGGCUGCAGCGCGUCGCACUGAGAGCAGUUCCGUUGAGAUUGUCAGCUCGCCGCAGGUGUCCAACUUUAGCGAGCAGCCCACAUGCGUGGAGACGGAGAUCGAUGGCACGGCUGUAGCGGAGGCUGCUGCGGUGGCGGCGGAUGAGAGCGCCGGCACGAGCGUCGAUUGCACAGCUGCAGUUGCCAGUUCGCCGCAGAAACCAAAUGAGGCCGCCGAGCAGAGCAGCAGCAGCAGCAGCCAGGCCGCCGAGGCCAAAGACAAACCGGAUGAGAGUGAGACAACGGCCGGGGAGAACGCAAGCGAGGCAGACGAAGCCUUUGCCGAAGAGACAGUUGCUGGCCAGGCGGAGGAGUCUCAGCAGCUGAGCAAUGAGACAGAUCCCAAUGUGGGUACAAGUCAGUCGGUGGAGACAGAAAACCAGGAUAACCAGGCCGAGGGGCCCUCCGAGGAUAACGAGGGCGCCGAUGGCGUCUCGUCAGAGGGCGAAAAACAGGCCGUGGAAGUUGAGGAGGAGGGUCGCGAAGCUGAGGCCACAUCCCCCUCGGAGAACACACGCUUUCGCACGCUGCGCAGCACGGUGCCCACACGCCGUGGCGGUCGUUCCCUGAUGCGCGGCAGUAAUUCCAAUAAUAACAACAGCAACAACACAAACAGACCGGCACGCAUAGUCUGGCAGCGCGACUCACAGCCGGGCAAUAUGCGCGGUGGACAUCCGGGUAAUCAGGAUCCGAAUAUGCCAAGCGGUUCACCCAACUCCAAUCGCAUGUUCGCAAAUCGUUCCCGCGGCCGUCGGCCCAUGCGUCGCCCAGGACCAAACAAUUUUAAUGCCGGCGGCGGCGGCGGGGGUAGCUACCCCUGAACGGGCGAAGAGUCUGGCACAGGCUGACUAUAAUCCAUACUGGUAGUUUAUAAGGCUCUAGGCAUUUAAAUAUAAUUAUAUAUAUAUACAUCUUAUAAAUAAGCCGCAUACUGAAAAUACAUACUACACAUAUUAAAUGCUCAACACUAUAACAAAUCAA